CCCAAUGCUUCUAAGCGCAAAUAUGAGUUUUGUAUAUUUAGCCAUUGGAAAUGCUGACUUUUGAAAAAAUACACGUCUGAAGUUAUUAGUUUCAACUUCCGCUGGGAUGUACAUAUAUUUAAAGUGAUGCCUUUCAUAUUUGGGACGGGACAGCAUACUUUUGCACAUCUGUCGCAACAGUUGCGAUGAGAUGAGUGUAACGUAGAAAAUCGUAUUACUGUACGCGCAUGAUUCGAAUUUGACGCCAAGAAGUCUGGAAUCUGUCUGUGUUAACUUGUUCCUUAGAAGACAUUUAAUCACAAAGCAAAUAGUUGCAAAUGAAACAUCGGUCGAAGCUGUUAAAGCCUAAUCUCGUUAUAUACUACUUGAGUGUCCGGGAAUAGUAAUAGUCGUAUGUUCAAACUGACGUAUGCAUAUACAUACCUAGUGCCUAAAGGAUAUAUUCAUUUGCAAUAAUGUACGAAUACGGUGAUUCCUCAGUUUUGAAUUCCAACAACGGAGAUAAAACGGUACCGAAUGUUAUGUUUGAUAACACGAUGCCCAGUUUAGGCAAAAUGGAGGUUCAGGAAGGAGCAAAUUUAAAUAUGGCGAGCUCAGUAACAAUAGAAGGAGGCCCACAGCAAACUCUGCCUAUGUACGCCAUUGAUGGCACUGUUCAACAAUUCGAAAUACCUGAUCCAGUCCUUCGACGGACCUUUGCUCGUAAGGUUUUCAUUACUCUGCUACUUCAACAUAUAAUUACUUUGCCAAUUAUUGAAAUUUUCAUUGUCUGCUUUGAUCCAAUUUCUCAUCCGGUUAUUCAAGGAGUUCGCGGAGUAUUUUUUUGCAUUCUAGUUGGACUUUAUUUUUUUAGUGACAUGCGGAGAUAUCCACCCAUGAAUAUUGUCGUAUUUGUUAUUGUAACAUUACUAACAGCCAUUGAAGGAGGUGUUAUAGCAACUUGGAUACAUUCUCAACUAGCCAUAUUUCCUCAUCUGAUAGUCAUCGUACAACUUUUAGCUACAGUUGGCUAUUCCGAGCAAACUCGGUAUAAAUUUACCGUUGUGAACGCUAUUUUGUUGGUUCUUCUGGUGUCAUUGGCUGGCCAUUAUCUGACGGAGAUCGUAUAUUCCUCAUUUUCAUUUACUGAGAUUGCAUACGCCCUUCUCUCUCUCACGACAUAUAAAACAGCGUAUAUAAUCUACGAUAUGCAUCUAAUGCUGAGUGGGCAUCAUGGCUAUAAUCUUCAACCAAACGAAUAUAUAUUCGCUUCUACUAACAUUUACGCAGAUAUUCCAAACCUUUUUUGGCGGAUGUUGAAAUUUUUCCUUAUCACACCUUUAAUCAAAAUGUACGAAUUUCUAGCAGGCUGCUGUUUUGCCGAAGUGUUCUAGAUUUUUAUUGGGAAUGCAAUUUAGGUAAAAAAUUCCCAUGGUAAAAAUUUCCCCAUAAUAAAAGAUAAAUUAAAUGGUAAUAAUAAAAUACUUGAAAGCUUCUGAUAUUAUUAAAGUAUUGCUUUUUCGUUUAUUUGGCAACCCAAAUUAAAGAAAAUGGAA